GAGUGGAACGUGGUAACAGUUGCCGCUAACAACCCUCCUCUCCUCUUCUCUGCCCCUCCCCCUCCCCGAGGGCAGGAAGCGCCUGGUCAGGCUCUGGCCCGGUCCGGGUGCGUGCACGCGCGCUCCCUCCGGCUUGGGCUCGGGGCGCUAGGGCAGAGGAGGGAGGGAGGAGGAGGAGCUUAGAGGAGGGAGGAGGAGGAGGAGCGGGAGCGGCCGCGCCGCCGCCGCCGCCGCCAUAGAGACAGUAGCCGUGGAGACUGUUACUUACCAACGGGGAGCAACACGCAGCCGGAGCCGCCGCAGCCGCAGCCGGAGCCACAGCCCGAACUCCAGGCCGAGCCCGCGAGAGGCAGCGCCGCCGCGGCCCCCGCCGCCGCUGCAGAACUGAGCAUGCAGAAUCCAGAGGGCGGAUCAGAUUCAGCGACCUCCGUGGCACUACGUACAUCAGCGUCUGCUCAGGCCCCAGUUGUUCAGCCUGUGGCAGCCUCCCAGCAGGUACAACCUGUUCAGCAUGUCUAUCCAACCCAGGUCCAAUAUGUGGAAGGAGGAGAUACUGUCUACACUAAUGGAGCCAUACGAACUGCCUAUUCCUACAACACUGAAGCUCAGAUUUAUGCCCCUAGCAGUGCUGCUUCCUACUUUGAGUCACCAGGAGGUGGAGCUCAGGUGACUACCGUGGCAUCCUCUCCAUCAGCCAUUCCUUCUCACAGUAUGGUGGGCAUCACCAUGGACGUUGGGGGGAGUCAGAUCAUCUCCAGCUCGGGAGCCUAUCUCAUUCAUGGGGGGAUGGAUAACACUAGACAUUCUCUGUCCCAUACUUCACGUUCAUCUCCAGCAACGCUUGAAAUGGCGAUUGAAAACCUACAAAAAAAUGAAGGGAUUACAUCACACAAAAGCAGUUUACUCAACAGCCAUCUCCAGUGGCUCCUUGAUAAUUAUGAAACUGCUGAAGGUGUGAGCCUCCCAAGAAGUUCUCUUUACAACCAUUAUCUUCGGCACUGCCAGGAACACAAACUAGAUCCUGUGAAUGCUGCUUCCUUUGGAAAACUAAUUCGGUCUGUGUUUGUGGGGCUGAGAACCCGAAGGUUGGGAACAAGGGGGAAUUCCAAAUAUCAUUAUUAUGGGAUUCGCCUAAAACCAGACUCGCCACUGAAUCGAUUACAAGAAGACACACAAUACAUGGCAAUGAGGCAGCAGCCAAUACACCAGAAACAAAGAUAUAGGCCUGCACAGAAGAUGGACGGCCUUGGGGAAAGUGGCUCUAACAGCAAUUUGCACACCACACCCGAGCAGUCAGUAGCUGCUCAGAGCCAACACCAUCAACAGUUCAUAGAUGUUUCCCAUGUCUUUCCAGAGUUCCCAGCUCCUGACCUAGGCAGUGUAUUCUUACAGGAGGGGAUCACUGUGAAUGACAUAAAGACCCUACAACUUCUUUACAGAAGACACUGCGAGGCAACUUUGGAUGUUGUAAUGAAUCUUCAGUUUCACUACAUCGAGAAGCUGUGGCUGUCAUUCUGGAGUUCAAAACCACCCUCAGGUGACGGCUCCAGUGCUCUGCCUUCCAGUGAAGAAGAACAUGAAGUUGCUGUCAUCCCAAAGGACAAGCUUAUUACACUGUGUAAAUAUGACCCUAUAUUAAAGUGGAUGAGAAACUGUGAUCACAUACUGUAUCAGGCUCUGGUGGAGAUUCUCAUCCCCGACGUGCUGAGACCGGUACCCAGUACCUUGACACAGGCAAUCCGAAAUUUCGCAAAGAGCUUAGAAGGCUGGUUGACAAAUGCUAUGAGUGAUUUUCCCCAGCAGAUCAUUCAAACAAAGGUUGGAGUAGUGAGUGCCUUUGCACAGACUCUACGGAGAUAUACAUCCCUGAACCACCUUGCUCAGGCGGCCCGGGCAGUCCUCCAAAACACUUCCCAAAUAAAUCAGAUGCUCAGUGACCUAAAUCGAGUGGACUUUGCCAAUGUGCAGGAACAAGCCUCAUGGGUGUGCCAGUGUGAAGAGAGCGUAGUACAGAAGCUGGAGCAGGAUUUCAAGCUGACUUUGCAACAGCAGAGCUCCCUGGAUCAGUGGGCCACGUGGCUUGAUAAUGUUGUCACUCAGGUUCUAAAGCACCAUGCUGGCAGCCCCAGUUUCCCCAAGGCAGCGAGACAGUUCCUGCUUAAAUGGUCCUUUUACAGCUCCAUGGUGAUUCGUGAUCUCACCUUGCGUAGUGCUGCCAGUUUUGGUUCCUUUCACCUGAUUCGUCUACUGUAUGAUGAAUACAUGUUUUAUCUGGUUGAGCAUCGAGUCGCUGAAGCAACAGGAGAGACGCCAAUUGCUGUAAUGGGAGAGUUCAAUGACCUUGCCUCCCUGUCACUGACACUGCUAGAUAAAGAUGACAUCAGUGAUCUCAGCAGUGAAACAGAUACAGAUGCCCGUGGCCUGGGUGAGCCUUUGGUGAAGCGGGAACGUGGUGACCCUAAUCACUCCCUACAGGAUAUCUAGCACUUGGACUUGUUUUUGAGCAGAAGAAAUUUCACAGGAUUUCAAAGGAUCUGGGUUUGGAAUUCCUGAAACCUGGAUUUUAUAGGACUCCACUCUAUUAGUGCCUCUUAGAUUAUGUAAAUGUUUACUUCUACUCAAGGAAGGGCUUCUGAAAAGGGGUCUGUAUGUGUAUAAAGGAUGCAGUAUUUUUUAAGAGGGAAAGCAGUUUUUAAAUAUUAUAGAAAUUCAGAUUGGGAAGAUGCUUCCUUCCCAUUGGGUAAAAAUGUACAUGUACAUUGGAGAGAAUGGAUUCCGAGUUAAGUAGUCCGUACUUCUGUUACUUCAGGUAAUGUUUCCAUCACUGUGAAUAAAUUGCUUCCCCUGUUGGCAUUCUGAAAUGUCAGUGCCCAGUCCCAGCCAGAGUGACAGUUACUUUAGGAUGACUGUUUUGGAGCCUGGGGCAUGGUGAGUUGGUCAGCGCCCUCUAACGGUUUUUAUUCCUCUGUGCACACAUUUCUGCUGCAGCCUUGACUAGUUUUCACUGUGGUAGAAGCAGCCUAGGCAGAGUGUGAGAAGUGACAGAUUUUGUGGUUUCCCUACAGGGCCUGUAAGGAGAGGUUCUCUGGCCCACAUUUGGGAAGCAGAAGCAUACAUUUUAUUGUACUUAUGUGGGCUAAAAGGAGACCCUGGCCUCUCUGCUUCCUUGUUGAGUGGUGUUUUAUGGGAAGAAUUAAUCUGCCCAUCUGGCUGCCUUUUUUUUUUAAAUUGGGCAGUUUAUUUUGCUGUAGGAGAGGCAGGCAGACUUUCUAGAAUUCAGAUAGCCUCAACAUAGGUACAAAGGGGUUUCUGUUUGACUCUAGAUACCAAAGGAUUUUCUAGAAGUAGCAGCUAACCACCAAGUCCCUGUACUUCAGCUUCAGCAGCUCUCAAGUCAGGUGGCACAAAGAGAAAACUAAAGAAUUAGAGUACAUAGAUUUUUCUUGUAUCUCAAAAAAGAGCAAUCUCUAAGCCUCAAUUGUUAGUUUUAUUUUUAUUGGGAAGAUUUGUUUUUUGAAAUUUGUUAAAGGUCAUAUUUACCAUCAUGCCAAAUUGCUGAGUGUCUGCAAUGAGAUUUUUUACCAAACCUGAGAGCUGAAGGGGUAGUGGGUGGGGGUGGGAUAUCAGUGUUAUAGGGCAGUGCCUUAGUAAAGACCAACUAGCCUGCUUUAUUUUCCGUUUCUAGUUGAUAUUCAAACAGAUGUGCCUGUUAAUCAUAAUACAAAAUCUGAAUCUAUCUCCUUUCCCCCUCAUUAAUUGCCAAGGACUGCUUUGAGCUAAUGACACUGUAGCAAUCUGAUGUGGGGGAACAACUAUCCUUGUAUUGUCUCAGUACAUAAAUGUUCUCCUUUGUGGAAGAACACAAAUGCCUUUGUGGUCUUGAACUUCAAAUUUUUGUAAAACAUUAACAUUUGCAUUAUUGGUUAGCUCCAUGGUAACGAUUUUGUGCCAAAAACCAAAUUGCAAACAAAAAAAAAAAGGAAAAAGGAAAAAAGGUCAAAGCUGGUUUAGCAUUAUAUUAUGAAAGGUAAUAGUUUUUUUUUCUGGAAAUAUGUUUAUACUGAUAGUUUUGUGCUCUGAUGAUUUUCAGGAUUUUCUUAUAAAUGUGUAUAUUUGAGUAUAUUCUGUCCCAAAUAUUAACCCAGAAUGCAGAAGGUACUAAUGAAACUCAGAUGGCCUUUUAAAAGUGACUUCAUGAGAAGUGGAAGAUGUGUAUGUUGACAGAACUCUUUACAUUCCUAAGUCUAUGUGGGCUUGUACAGGAAGAGUAGGGGGUAAAGAAAACACAUUUUUAUUUCAGAAAAUCUGUAAUAGUUACAGGGUUUGUCUGGUGGGAUGCUUCAAGAUGUAUAAUGAAGCAAGGCCAAAAGAAUGUUUUUGGUUUUUUUUUAGAAAUCUAUCCCUUUUCCUAGAGGAAAUUUAUGCUAUUUUUUUUAUGGAAUGUGAUGAAUUGGUUUUUCUUUCACAUGUGGUAACCCAACAAAAAUGAACUGCCUCAUGAUACAUCUUUUCCUUUGCAAGAAUUCCAACAAGCAAAGAUCAAGAGUCAAGUGCAGGUGUAUACCACAGUGACAUAUAUUUGAUUAGCUCUUUUGAUAAAUGCCAAAACUGAUGUGCACAAAAAUCUCAUUGACACUUUCAUUUUUAAUAGCAAUAAACAUAUUGAAUGUGCCCAUCUUGGAAAUAA